CGUCACGGUUGCACACCCUGGAGGGGGCGGGGAGAAGCAGGAGCCUGGGUCUGGACUGGAAUUGAAUGUUUGGCGGCUCCUGCUGAGGGAGCAGCUGUGGCACUGCUGUGUUUUCUUCUGGCAUUUUUCGCAUCAGGGCCUGGUGCCAAGCAGUUUGGCAAUGACAUUUCGCCAGAGAUCGGAGAAAGAGUUCGCACCCUCGUCCUCGGACUGGUGAACUCUACUUUGACAAUUGAAGAAUUUCAUUCCAAACUGCAAGAAGCCACUAACUUCCCACUGAGACCUUUUGUCAUCCCGUUUUUGAAGGCCAACCUGCCCCUGCUCCAGCGUGAACUCCUCCACUGCGCAAGGCUAGCCAAACAGAACCCUGCCCAGUACCUCGCUCAGCAUGAACAGCUGCUUCUGGAUGCCAGCACCACCUCUCCUGUUGACUCCUCAGAGCUGCUUCUCGACGUGAAUGAAAACGGGAAGAGGCGAACUCCAGACGGAACCAAAGAAAAUGGCUUUGACAGAGAGCCUUUGCACUCAGACCAUCCAAGCAAGCGACCAUGCACUAUUAGCCCAGGCCAGCGGUACAGUCCAAAUAAUGGCUUAUCCUACCAGCCAAAUGGCCUGCCUCACCCCACCCCACCUCCACCUCAGCAUUACCGUUUGGAUGAUAUGGCCAUUGCCCACCACUACAGGGACUCUUAUCGACACCCCAGCCACAGGGACCUCAGGGACAGAACGAGACCUAUGAGGUUACAUGGCACACGUCAAGAAGAAAUGAUUGACCACAGACUAACAGAUAGAGAAUGGGCAGAAGAAUGGAAACAUCUUGAUCAUCUGUUAAACUGUAUAAUGGACAUGGUAGAAAAGACGAGACGAUCCCUCACUGUUCUCAGACGAUGUCAGGAAGCAGACCGGGAGGAACUGAAUUACUGGAUCCGGCGCUACAGUGAUGCCGAGAACUUAAAAAAGGGCAGCAGCAGUAGCAGCAGCCACUCCAGGCAGCAGAGUCCCGUCAACCCAGACCCAGUUGCAUUAGAUGCACAUCGGGAAUUCCUUCACAGGCCUGCGUCUGGAUACGUGCCAGAGGAGAUCUGGAAGAAAGCUGAGGAGGCUGUGAACGAGGUGAAGCGACAGGCAAUGACUGAGCUGCAGAAGGCCGUGUCUGAGGCAGAGAGGAAAGCCCAUGCCAUGAUCACCACAGAGCGAGCCAAGAUGGAACGCACGGUGGCUGAGGCCAAGCGGCAGACAGCAGAGGAUGCCCUGACAGUCAUCAAGCAGCAGGAAGACUCCAGUGAGAGUUGCUGGAACUGUGGCCGGAAAGCAAGCGAGACCUGCAGCGGGUGUAACACAGCUCGAUACUGUGGCUCCUUUUGCCAGCAUAAAGACUGGGAGAAGCACCACCACAUCUGUGGACAGACCCUGCAGGCCCCACAGCAGGGAGACACGCCUGCAGUCAGCUCCUCAGUCACACCCAGCAGUGGGGCUGGGAGUUCUCAUGGAUAA